GCCUUCCGAGACCGCCCUCCCGGCUCGCUGGGGCUCGCCGGCUGCUCGCCAGCCCGCGGGAGAAAGGAGAGAAUUCGAACGCUUCCGCGGGGUUCUGGUCUCGAGGUGCCCCACUGCGGCGAGCGUCCCUAAACACAGACACAUCGUUUCCUUUUAACACUUCCAAAGAAAAAGAAUAACCUUCAAGCUGGCGGGAGCAAUGGUUCACAUAAAGAAAGGCGAGCUGUCCCAGGAGGAAAAGGCGCUGCUGGAAGUCAUCGGAAAAGGUACUAUCCAAGAAGCUGGAACACUAUUAGCCAGUAAGAAUGUUCGUGUUAACUGUUUGGAUGAGAAUGGAAUGACUCCUCUAAUGCAUGCAGCAUAUAAAGGAAAACUUGAUAUGUGCAAAUUACUUUUGCGACAUGGAGCUGAUGUAAAUUGUCAUCAGCAUGAACAUGGAUACACAGCCCUCAUGUUUGCUGCACUUUCUGGUAAUAAAGACAUCACGUGGGCAAUGUUGGAGGCUGGGGCUGAGACAGAUGUUGUCAACUCGGUAGGAAGAACAGCAGCUCAGAUGGCAGCCUUUGUGGGUCAGCAUGAUUGUGUAACUGUAAUCAACAAUUUCUUUCCUCGAGAGAGACUGAAUUAUUACACUAAACCCCAGGGACUGGAUACAGAGCCGAAACUGCCCCCAAAGUUGGCAGGCCCACUGCACAAAAUUAUCACCACAACAAAUCUUCAUCCUGUCAAGAUCGUGAUGCUGAUAAAUGAGAAUCCUCUAUUGGCAGAAGAAGCAGCUUUGAAUAAAUGCUACAAGGUGAUGGAUUUGAUUUGUGAGAAAUGUAUGAAGCAAAGUGACAUGAAUGAAGUAUUGGCUAUGAAAAUGCAUUAUAUCAGCUGUAUCUUUCAGAAAUGUAUUAACUUCUUAAAAGACGGAGAGAAUAAACUGGACACUUUGAUCAAAAGCUUGUUAAAAGGCCGACCUUCUGAUGGCUUUCCGAUAUACCAAGAAAAGAUCAUUAGAGAAAGUAUCAGAAAAUUUCCGUACUGUGAAGCUACACUGCUCCAGCAGCUGGUGAGAAGCAUUGCUCCUGUUGAAAUUGGUUCUGAUCCCACUGCAUUCUCUGUACUUACUCAAGCCAUCACUGGUCAGGUGGGCUUUGUGGAUGUUGAAUUUUGUACCACCUGUGGAGAAAAGGGAGCAAGUAAAAGAUGCUCAGUGUGCAAAAUGGUAAUAUAUUGCGAUCAAAGCUGCCAGAAAACACACUGGUUUGCACAUAAGAAAAUCUGUAAGAAUCUCAAGGACAUUUAUGAGAAACAACAGUUGGAGGCUGCCAAAGAAAAGAGUGAAGAGGACAACAAUGGCAAACUCGAUGUCAGUUCUAAUGGUAUUGAUGCAGAGCAGCCAGAGGCUGAGCCGGCUGUCCCCCGGGAGGGAGCCGAUCCUCCAGAGGCCGUGGAAGGGGAGAAAGCGUCUCUCCAGUGCCACGCUGGGUUGGAAUGCUCACAGGAUGCUGCGGCAGGUCCACUGGCAUCCGAGGAGUGAGCAGAGCACGUGUGAGCAUGGAUGGGCCUCCCCCUGCAGUGGCUGGAGCUCCUGUGACUGUCCCUGUCGCCUGUGACACCUGCACAGCUCUGCGGCAGGGUUUCCUAGGACAGACGCUUGCCCACAAAGUUGUGUCCACCAGGCCCCAGUUUCCACCGGUUUCUGUUCUAUAAUUGGACAGAUACUCCUACAGAAACAAUUAUUUUUCAAAAUACAGGAGAAAUGUUUCUAUUUUCUUUCUGAGGCCACCUUUCUAGCAAUUGUUCUUAAAGGGGGAAGAAUCCCCUUAAAGAAGAAAUGUAGGUUCUGGGAACAAAGGGUCAAGUUGAACGGGUGCAGGAGAGAGAUUUUCAAGAGAGAAAUGUUAUAGCUACCAAGAUGGGUAGUUUAAAAAAUCAUAAUUUAUGUGUGAAUAAAAUGCAUAUAAAUAGCAUUUAUAAUAGUUAAGUUCUACUUAUUAGGAUGUAACGAAAUGAAGAAAGGCUGUGUGUUUAAGGAUCUUUGUUUGGUUAAUUAUAGUUUUCUAUAGAGGUUAUCUUGAGCAGUCUGAAUUUGAUGUACUUCCUGCAGUGAUGUUUUAUCUACAUCCAGUAUUUGUACCGUCAGAAAUACUAGAUUCCCCAGGAGGGACUAAGGCAUUGCCAGAGUCAUCUCAGCAUGUGCAUUAAAAGAAAUGUACCAUGAAAUGAAAUUUUUGGUAAAAUAAUGGCUAAACAUAGUUUCCAUUGUUAUUGUAAAACAAAUUUAUGUGCCAUAUUCCACUCGAAAGGCUGACUUUUAUCUUCCUAGAAGCUUUUCAUGUGGCCUUUCAUGUCCAGAAACUGAUUUAUAACUGUUCUUUAUAGAAUGUUUUUAGAGUGUGCAGUAUUUAAACAGAGCUAGAGUGAUAGCUGAAGACAGUGCUGUGUUACAUAGUUUCCUGUGUUGAUUGUAAAAUAAAUUGUGCCUAUUAAUAUAACCAACUGACAUCUUGUUUCAUUGUUUAUUG